AUGGAUCCUGACUAUGCGGACCAGUACCGUGACUUACGAUCUCGACGACACGCUCGCAAUCGCCAUGCCAAACACGCCUCAAAAUACUAUGGCUAUCGCGGAGUGCACCCCAGUUGGGUCGGCCAACCCCACUACUCAUUCAUGCUUCAUCCCAGUACGAGGCGUUCCCUGCCAGGAGAGUAUUCUUCGUUCUAUCAAGCCUCAGCUCCUCUGGUAUCGAUGCCUCAGCAUAUGAAGAUCUCGACCUGGACCAAACGCGACAUGUGGCUCGACCGAGAUACCGAUAUUUGGCCAUUGGACCGACAACAUCACAGGGGCAAGAAGAUUCGAGAGAAGCGACAUACCAAGUGGACACUGGAGACACUGGGAAGGAGAAUGAAGGCGCAGUCCAAGACCAUGAACGGUACGAUUGCCGAAGGCAGGGCGGAGGUAGCGAUGUUGUGCCACGACCAGGGAUGGAAUCGAGGCCACGAACACCCUGACUCCGACCCGUCAAAUAGUGACAGUGAAGUAGACGACAACGGAUCCAUGGUUCAGGAUAUUGCCGACGAAGAUCGCGAACAAGCAGACCACGAUGGUUCAGGGGACGAAGAAGGAUUUGAGUUCGUGUCAGCCGAUGACUUUGACGUGCAGUCACUGUCCUCCAUGGGGGAAUUUGAUCUUUGA